GCUCAUAGUGUGUGUAACCUAACGUAGCAGGUGUAAAAUAAAUACCCGAGCGGGGUCCACACAUCCAUUUUUCAGGGGGAAAGCAAGCUAGGUUGAAGAUACUGUAUCAAUGAAAAUCGCAUACUUCCGGUUGUUUCCGACCUCGCUGAGGUUGGAGUGUGUCCAAGCUUUAUUUUUGUGCAGAGGAAGAAGAACACUGUCAAUGGACAAUGUACUUUGACUUGAAAAUACUUUUUUAUAAUCACAAUCAGCACCUUUUGAAGUGUAGCCUUUAUCAAGGUGCUUGGGAAGCUAACACAAGUCUUCAGGUCUCAGGCAAGGUUUCUCAUCACUCAAGCAUUAUUUAACGAACCCCGCUACACAUCCGUAGUUAUGGGUUGUGUUCAUUAGGACACGCAACAGAAAAAUGUAUUCAAAAAUGUUCUGCAACUGAAAAUCCAGGUAGUCCCUUGCUCCCAGAUGGUUUUCUUCCGUUUGGUGCCUUAUGAGCACAACCAUGGUCUCUCCUCCUCUUUCUCUCCCCCCAGGCAGCACAGUUCAGCUGGGAUCCAGAGACCGUGGGGAUGAUCCACGGGUCCUUCUUCUGGGGAUACAUCGUCACACAGAUUCCCGGAGGUUUUAUAUGUCAAAAAUAUAAAGCUAACAACGUGUUUGGCUUCGCCAUAGUGGCCACAUCCACUCUCAACAUGCUGAUUCCAUCUGCUGCUCGUACACACUACAGCUGUGUCAUACUAGUCAGGAUAUGCCAAGGCCUCGUCGAGGGCGUAUCUUACCCAGCAUGCCAUGGGAUCUGGGCCAAAUGGGCCCCGCCUCUAGAGAGAAGUCGACUGGCCACAACAGCAUUCUGUGGUUCCUAUGCGGGAGCUGUGGUGGCCAUGCCUCUUGCUGGGGUGUUGGUUCAGUAUGUAGGGUGGCCUUCAGUCUUCUACGUCUAUGGCAGUUUUGGGAUAGCAUGGUAUCUCUUCUGGAUCCUGGUGUCGUAUGAAAGCCCGGCAGCCCACCCCACUAUCACCCCUGAGGAGAGGAAGUACAUUGAGGAAGCCAUCGGAGAGUCAGCAGGUUUUGCCAAUCCUCUACAGAAAUUCAAAACCCCGUGGAGAGCAUUCUUCACGUCCAUGCCGGUGUACGCCAUUAUCGUAGCCAACUUCUGCAGGAGCUGGACUUUCUACCUGCUUCUCAUCAGCCAGCCGGCCUACUUUGAGGAAGUGUUUGGCUUUGAGAUCAGCAAGGUGAUACAGUUUUAA